AUGUAUGUGCCGAUCCGCCAGUUAUUGGAGCCAAGGCGACAAUUUCACAGCAGCCGGAGCAAACGGGUGUCCGUCACCCGGAAUCCAACCUUAUUCUUCUCCACAGUGUGCGGCGGUGUCCUCCUCCCAGGCCACCACGACCUCGUCCCUCAGAGCCUCUUCCUCCUCCAUCCUUCCUCAUCCUCCCUGGAUCCUGUGGAUGAGCGGCCUCAACCCCAGUCCCUGGGCCUCCAGAUCCGUGAGAAUCCACCUCCAAGGCAGAGCGCGUACGCAGCCUUGGCUGCACCAGGGUCCCUCCUCUGCGCUCGUGUGAGCCCCCCCGCCCCCGCCCAGCAUUACAGCCCCGCCAGCCCCUCCCAGCCUUUGGUCAGGCGCUGUUGUGUCCCCCACUCCCACCUGGGAGCCACCGAGGGCAAGGCGCCCACCAGGGCAUCCAAGGGGACCCGGGCUGAGGGCGUCUUCCGGGCCACGUCCUACAAGUACCACCACAAGGACCAGAGACGGAGUUCCCAGCAUCGCAGGGAGGCCCACGGCUGA